AUGGCAGACUCUACAGCCGUCAAGGAUUCGGGCCCGCAGGCUGGAAGAGCAUCCCAGCAGGGUGGCCAUCAUCAUGCAGCUACAGCUGCUGCUGCGCUUGCUUUGUCCGGGACAGCUACAUCCGAACAGGUCAACACCAAAACCACGACGACGACAUCAUCAUCGUCAACAUGGAACACCAAGAAUCUAGGCUUCAGAGUCCUUGCCGAUGCUGCCUCUGCUGCGAGCGCGGCGUCGCUCGUCGCGCCCCUGAUUGCAAUUAUUGACCGCUCCAUCAUGGAAAACGCUUCUGGCCGCAACACCCUCGCCGCAUCAAUCAAGUCCUCCCUCCGCACCCUCCUCCUCCGCCCACACACGCUCCUCCUCUCCAAGCCCACCGCCCUCAUCUUCUGCCUCUACGGCGGAACCUACCUGACUGCCAACGCCGUCGACACGGCCUCGUCCACCGUCUCCAACCGGCCCGCCUCGACCGUCACGGCGGGCACCACAAAGUUUGCCGCCUCGAGCACCGCAAACAUUGGUGUCUGCAUCUACAAGGACCAGGUCUUUGUCCGGCUCUUUGGUCCUCCUGGUGUCACCCCUCGUCCUGUGCCGAUGGCUUCAUAUGGCUUGUUCGCCCUUCGAGACUGCCUCACCAUCUUUGCCUCAUUCAACGUCCCACCGCUAUUAGGUCCCUACCUAGACCAGCGCUUCACCGACGAAGUCAAGAAGCGCGUGUCGGGUCUGUAUGCAGCGCAGUUCAUGGCCCCAGCAAUGGUGCAAUUCAUCUCGACCCCGAUGCACCUCCUCGGCCUCGACCUGUACAACCGCCCAGCCUCAGGCCCCGCCGGUGCCGUCGUCAGCCUCCGCGACCGCUGGGACCUAGUCCGCCGAAACUGGCUCAUCAGCUCCGUGGCGCGGAUAUGUCGAAUCGUUCCCGCAUUUGGUGUUGGUGGUGUCGUCAACAUGAAGGUUCGCAAGAACUUGAUGACCAAGCUAGAAUAA